CAAAGAUAUACUGUCAAUACAUGUCAAAAUUUCCAAAUUGACCUCAAUGAAUCUUCAAAGAAUUUUUAUCCCAACAUAGCAGUUAACGAGGUUUACUUUGUCUCAAAACAUAACACAUAAAUUAGGUAAAACCAUGACUUCCUUCGUACAAAAAAGAAACCGGAUGUGGACGGAGCGUCCAGAAUAUGUGAGACCAAUAAGAAGACGCUCUGAAUCUCGACUAAAAACGUACCCGUCCGCCACAGAUGUAAGAACUUGGUGUGAUACUGUGGAAGAUCGCAGACAACAUAUAAUUGAGCUUAUGUUAAAGGAUAUUGAAAAGUGUGGGCUCAAGCUAAUACCAUUUGAUGUCUUAAUGAAGAUGCUUUUUGCUAUAGCUCAUGGUGAACAAAUUAGCGCAACAACCGGUCUUCUAAAAGAAGGACAAGAAUUAAUAUCAGACGAUGGCAAUGAAUGUGUGGCAGCUCAAAGACAUCAAGCAGAGGAACAUGAAAUACAAGAAUUAAUAAAAGGAACAAUACAAAAUGAACUAGAUGUACAACCAACUAUUCAAACAAAGAUGCAGGGGCCUGGAAAAAUGGUAACAAGAAUUAAAGGUUUAAAACCUGGCUUUCAAGUAAUAGAUGACCCCACGACCGCAACUCGUAUUUCCAUCAAACCUGUAAAAGAAGAUUCACUAAAGGCAGUUACAUCAAAGAAAACUGCGCCACUUCAACAGGUACCAUCGCAAAAGACAUAUAGGACUAGUGCCACAAUAGCAAUUACUGAUGUAGUUAAAACAAAAGGUGGUGAUGUAAAUCCAGAUAAAUACGCGGCACUGGAGGCUUUGUGCAAGGAACAAAAAGAUAAAAUUGAAGCUCUUACAAAAGAACGAGAUGAUCUUAAGAAGAAAUUGGACGCGUGCUUAAAAGAACUAGAAAAUUUCAAGAAAUUACAAACGAUAGCAAAUCCGUCACUGCCUGUCUCAUGUCAGCAAGAAAUCGAAGCCUUAGAAGCGGAAAUUAGAAUAAUGAGAAGCGGAAAUCCCUCGCCAGAAGAAGAGGCAGAAAUUAUAAAAAAAGAAAUAGAAAUUCUAAAGCGUUACUGUAGCAAACUAAAAGAUGUAGAAAAUGAAAACGAAAAAUUAAAAGUUGAAUUAGGGAGUAGAGUUGCUAUUAAAGAUAGUGAAUAUGAAGCGGAAAAUAGUAAAAUAAGCACUUUAAAGGAUAAAUUAAAGCAUUUAGAAGAGCUUACGCAGGAAAGAGAUACACUUGCUGAUAAAGUUAUUACGUUAGAAAAGCGCCUAGCCCAAUAUAAAGACCUACCAGAUAACAUUGAGGAAUUAAAGAACAAGGCUAAAAUGCUGGAUAGUGUUAUGCAAGAAAGAGAUAAUUUGAGUCAAAAAGUGAAAAUGAUGAAAUCCAUGGAAGAAGAGCUGCAGAAAUUUAGGGGCAAAGCUGAUAGGGUUGACGACUUAGAAAGAGAAUUAAGAAGGAUGUCUAAGGGCGAUAGCAAUUCAGGACUUGAACUAAGAAAGAGUCAAUCAAGAGCUGGUAGUUUAGAAAACGAACUAAGCAAUGUGAAGAGCGAAAAGGAUGCUAUGAGAAAACGAAUUGACAGUUUGAAAAAAGAACUGGAUGUUCAAAAAGCCAAGGCCACUGAAGCUGAGAUGUUACGACUAGAACGUGACCGUUUACAGAUAAAACUUAACGAAUUGUCGGAUAUCCAGAGCCAAUCAGAUGAAAUGCUAAAUAAAAUGAAGGUAUUCGAUAAUAUCAAGGCAGAGAGGGACAUGUACAAACAAAAAUAUGAAGAUGUCUUGGACAUGGAAUGUAAAUGUGAACUGCUUAAGGCUCAAGUUGAUGAAGCGAAAACAGUAAGUCGUGAGAGGGACCAUUUACAAAAACAAGUGCAAGAUUUAGAAGCCUGCAUAUGCGAGCAAGAGGAUGAAAUUAAAUCUUUAGUUAUACAAGUUGAUGAUAUGUCGAGAACAAGGGAAGAAACGAGUCGCCUCUCUGUAACGCAAAAUCAAAGCAUUAACAGUCGAAUAAAAGAACUUGAAAAAUUGCUUCAUAAUGCGGAACAUGUUAUCAUCCAAAAAGACUGUCACAUUAAAUGCUUAGAAAACGAAUUGCAAAGUCAAACUGGGUGUUUGAGCGUAAGUAAAAACCUGAACAGAAGAGAAAUGGAUACCGUAGAGAUGAUGCGAAAAGAAUUGGAAACGGCCAAGGAGGAGAAUAGACGUCUACAAGAUAUCGCAAAUAAAAUGCUACAAGUUAACGGAGAUGAUCAUGUAAAAAGAAUGCUGAAACAGUCUGAAUGUGCUGUCAAAAGAGUGGUGCAGGAAUUAGGGAAGCAAUAUAAGGAGUGGGAUCAUAUUAGAAUGCAAAAUCCUAAAGGGAAAUUGGCCACCCAACAAAAUAAAUGCGUGUGUCGUAAACCUUCAGGUAUCUAACUAAAAGUUAGUGUACUUCUUGUAGUAAUAAAUUAUGUUGUUUCGAUAAAGAAA